AAAAUAAAUUAAUGGAGUGGAAAGAAACAAUGAAGGAUUAUAAGAAUGAAAGAAUAUUAAGUGAACAAUUGAAAGAUUAAAAAGAUAUAUAAAUAAAGGAGAUAAUAAAAGUAUAGGAAAGAAUAAAAGAACUUCAUAGAAUGAAUGAAGAGUUUGAAUUAAGAUCAUAAUAAAAUUAAGCUGUAUUUUAAUAAUAAUUUAUGAAUAGAGAAUAAAUUAACUUAAAAACGCAAAGGUGUAAUAGUAAAAAUAAGGAGAAGAUAGAAUUUAAGAUUUAACGAAAUAAUUAGAGAAAGCAACAGCUGAUUAGAAUCAAUUACAGUAGAAGGACAUAAAUAUUGUUAUAUAAUAGGAAUAGAUAAUGGAAAUGAAAGAGACUGUAAUAAUAUAAAUUAUAUAUGUAAUUAGUAAACGAUGGAGAUAGAUGGAAGAUUAAAGGUUUAAAUAAAUUUUGAAAAUAAAUAUUAAUAAAUGGAAAUUUAAGAGUAAUUAUAAGUGGAUAAGAAGAGUAUAGUUUUAAAAGGUUAUGCUCUACAAGAUUUCACAACAUAUACAAUAAAUAAAAUGAUAAAAUUAGAUUAAGAAGUUUAGAGAAGAGAAUCAAUAGAAUUAAAUGGUGUUGUAUUGACUAUAAUUUAUAAAUGAUAAAUAUUAGUAUUAUUAACAGUAGAAAAGUAUAGAUAGGACAAAGAAAAGCUUUACAUUCUUCUCUCAAAAAGCGGAAUUUA